AUGAAAAUUUUCUUAACUUUAAAUAAGAUUGCCCACGUUCUGACUGAGGAUAUCCCUGUUGCUCCUUCUGGAUCACCCAAACAAACUAAUGGUAAGAACUUUGCAGAUUCAGAUGGAAUUGCUAAAACGGAUGAAUCUGCGAGUAAUUUACAACUCAGGAAAGAAAUCGGCUUAUGGCAUGAGAGUGACUCUCUCUGCAAAAAUCAAAUUUUGAACAGUCUUGCUGACUAUUUGUACGAUUACUAUAGUAAUUUUAAGACUACUAAACAGGUAUGGGAGGCUUUGCAGAAGAAAUAUGAUAUUGAAGAAGCAUGUGCAAAGAAAUAUGUUGUUAGUCGCUACUUAAACUAUAAUAUGGUGGAUGAAAGGUCUGUGGAAGCUCAAAGCCACGAAAUUCAAAAAAUUUCUCAUGAAAUCAUAACUGAAGGUAUGCCCAUCGAUGAACAAUUUCAGAUUGCUUUUAUAAUUGUUAAAUUGCCCCCUGGUUGGAAAGAGUUCGAAAUUUUGAUUAUGUCAAAAACAAAAGAGUUUACAAUCGAGAGUCUGAUGACUCGUCUCCGAAUUGAAGAGGAGGCUAGGAUACAAGAUAAAAAAGAUGAAGUCUUAGUUAUUUCUAACAACAACAAGAGAUUCAAUGCGGUUCUAAAGCCCACCACAAUACUGUGA